AUGGUCUCACGCUUCGUCCCGCGCGGCGCCUUCCCGCCCCUCGAUUCGCUGCCGCGCUCAUAUUUCCUCGGCCACCACCGCGCCGGCCUCACCAAGAUGAAGUCGAUGCUCUCGCGCAUUGACCUGAUCAUCGAGUGCCGCGACUACCGCGUGCCCCUCACCUCCACCAAUCCGCUGUUCGAGGAGAGUCUGGCCGGCCGUGAGCGACUCAUAGUCUACACCAAGAAGGACUUGGGCCGCCGGGGUAACGAGCAGGACCAGCAGCGAGAGCAGAUCAUUCGCCAAUGGCAUGCCCCUUCCCAAGUCUUCUUCUCAGACCACCGCGACAAGAGCGACGUCCGCCGAAUCCUCAAGUUCGCCAAAGACUACGCCAUACGCAGGGUGUCGCUGAUAGGCUUCCGCAUGAUGGUGGUCGGCAUGCCCAAUGUUGGCAAGUCGUCGCUUCUCAACGCUUUGCGUCUGGCGGGCACGGGCAAGGGCAAGGCUGCGAGUACUGGCGCACAACCGGGCAUCACGCGAAAGAUCGGAUCUGGCGUCAAGAUCAUUCAAGGUGAGGCUGGCACCGAAGGUGUAUACUUGCUUGACACUCCAGGUGUAUUUGUGCCCUAUGUGCCCGAUGCCGACGCCAUGCUCAAACUUGCGCUUUGCGGGAGCGUCAAGGACACCAUCAUUGCUCCCGUUACCCUAGCCGACUUUUUGCUGUAUCACAUCAACCUCGUCGACCCAGGCCUUUACGCCGAAUACCACGAGCCGACCAACGAGAUCGUCCCUCUGCUUGAAGCCGUGGCAAAGAAGACUGGGAGGCUUGGGGUGGGUGGCGUGCCAGAGACAGAAGCUGCCGCCCUGUGGAUGAUCCAGCGAUGGCGUACUGGUCACCUCGGACAAUUCAUGCUCGACGAUAUCACUGCAGAAGCACUGAAUGAACAACGCGCUUUAAGAGACCGCCAGGAGCCAAGUAUGAACCAGGUCAGAAAGGCUGACAAAGAACGGAGGAAGGCCGAAACCAGGCGUAUACGAGCCCUAUGA